AUGGAGCGGCGGACAAUGGCUGCAGCCGCCGAUGCGGGGCGUGGGGUGAAGGAGGGCGAUCUGGGGGACGACAGCAAACCCAGGACCCCUCCUGAAUGUCAGAGGCAGCUGAGGGUGGCCUCUUGCCAGCCGGAGGGACCGCUCCGAGCCGGCUCCUCGCUUUCCAAAGUCGGUGCUAUUAAUAUCAGCAACAGCGGCGCAGAAUCCUUGGACAGGCUGCUGCCUCCGGUGGGCGCCAUCCGGCCCUCCCGGAAACGGACCACCAGCCAGUGCAAAUCGGAGCCCCCCCUGCUGCGGACCAGCAAAAGGACGAUCUACACCGCUGGCCGGCCGCCUUGGUACAAUGAGCACGGCACACAGUCGAAGGAGGCGUUCGUCAUCGGUCUCGGAGGUGGAAGUGCCUCUGGGAAGACCACGGUGGCCAGAAUGAUCAUAGAGGCUCUGGACGUCCCCUGGGUGGUUCUCCUUUCGAUGGACUCUUUCUACAAAGUGCUCACGAAGGAGCAGCAGGAUCAGGCCGCCAGCAACGACUACAACUUUGACCACCCGGACGCCUUCGAUUUCGACCUGAUCAUCUCCACCCUGAAGAAACUCAAGCAGGGCAAAAGCGUCAAGAUCCCCAUCUACGACUUCACCACGCACAGUCGCAAGAAGGAAUGGAAAACCCUUUAUGGAGCCAACGUAAUCAUCUUCGAAGGCAUCAUGGCGUUUUCGGAUAAGGACCUUUUGAAGCUCCUCGACAUGAAGAUAUUCGUCGACACCGACUCUGACAUCCGCCUGGUUCGGCGCCUCCGGAGGGACAUCAGCGAGCGCGGCCGGGAGAUCGACGGCGUCAUCAAGCAGUACAACAAGUUUGUCAAGCCGGCCUUCGACCAGUACAUCCAACCCACCAUGCGUCUGGCCGACAUAGUUGUUCCGCGAGGCAGUGGAAAUACAGUCGCCAUUGACUUGAUUGUCCAGCAUGUGCACAGCCAGCUAGAAGAGCGUCGAUCUUUCUGUUUUCCCAGGGCUGCCCUGGCAUCUGCCCACCAAUGCCACCCUCUCCCCAAGACCCUCAGUGUGCUGAAGAACACCCCACAGGUCAGGGGCAUGCAUACGAUCAUCAGGAAUAAGGAGACCAUCUUCGUGACGAAGUUUCUCCAUUCUAUUCCAGUCCGCCUUGAUGCCUAUUAUAUGGAGUCCCAAUAUGGAUCACCCAAAUUAAAUAAUCUUUCGAGUCGGGGCAGGCACACUUUUUGCGAAGAAUUCUGGGGUCGCCGAGAUGUGUCUCACAUGACACCCUACGUAGAGAAACUGGACAAAAUAACGGGUUUAACCACAACCAUCUGUCAAACUCAACCGCCUGUCGGAGAGCCAGAGCUGCACUACCUGAGGCUCCCAAAGGACAUCAGCGAAGAUCACGUGAUCCUGAUGGACUGCACGGUCUCCACGGGGGCAGCGGCCAUGAUGGCUGUGAGGGUCUUGCUGGACCAUGAUGUCCCAGAGGACAAAAUCUUCCUUCUGUCCCUCCUGAUGGCCGAGAUGGGUGUCCACUCUGUGGCUUAUGCUUUCCCUCAGGUGAAGAUCAUUACGACAGCGGUGGACAAGAAAGUGAACGACCUCUUCCGUAUCAUCCCUGGCAUCGGAAACUUUGGAGACCGCUACUUUGGCACUGAUGCUCCUCCAGACUGGAGUGACGAGGAAGACAUCCUGGAUGCUUAGCCGCCUCCCCUUUCGUCAAGGAACCACUGUGAAGGAACAGACGCUCCUGCUCCUGACCCCUCCCCCUGACAGCUCCCGAGCAUUGACAAAGAGCCCCCAGCCCCACCCGCAGUAGAAUCUUUGUUCUCCGAUGCACUUGAGGCCUAAGAUGUAUUUUGUAAGAGAGAGACAGAGAGAGAAUUUGGAUCAUCUUUGUAUGUGCACAAAGGGUUUCUGAGUCUAGAGCAAAUUUAUUUUAAUGUAAAAGUUUUAAUAUAACUUAUUUUAUUAAAAAAAGUAAUUAAGUUUCA